AUGAAUCUUGGCCAAGGCCAGCCCCUCUUUUGCUGGCCUUUUCUCUUUCUUAUAUCCCCCCUCAGCUGCUCAAGGAAUACAAUUAUUAUGCUGGGAUACACGACUCUCUACUCCAGAACCCCUCGCUCUUUCCUCUUCGCUGUCGUCGCCAAUGUCGGUCCCGGCGGCGCCAGCCGCUCCCUUGCCGUGGCCUGCCGCCAGUACCAUGAUGAAUACAACUCACAGAUAUCCUGGGGACGAGUGUACUGUAUGGUAACUGAUAUCCUUGCGCUGACCGAAAUUCUCUCGGAUCCCGCAAACGGCGCGCCGCUGGAGGCUGAGAGGGCGCUCGCGGAGGACUGGUAUCGUCGGUCUCAGGACGACGAGCCUCCAAUUCAUGAGCGGCCCAGCGUGUCCGACACCGCGCAGGCCCCGUUCGUGCCCUGGUACAAGCGGCGGGAGCCAGGGCAACAACAGCCCCCGCUGCCGUGGCGCGAUGAUGCACCAAGCAAGUUUCCCUUCACCGCGACGUGUGUUUUGCUGGCGUUAUUGCGUGAUACUCGUGAUAACCGCACCCGCCCUAGUGAUGUCCAGUUUCAGCCGCUAUCGACGCUGUUCCGGGCUGACUAUAUUGAGUAUGGCCUGGUUAUUCUCGACAUCUCUGACCUCGCCAGCGGGGUCAAGUACGGCAUUGUUGCGUUCCCCAUGAACUAUAUGGCCGAGGUUGAAUACCGCGGCGAGAUGAUCGGCUGGGAUCCAGUCGAAGAUCCCCAGCCGGAAAAGGAACCUGAUGUUGUACUCAUGAGCCCGCGGCCUCGAGAGCUGUUGUCAAUCUCGCAGUGGGUAUCAAAGUAUUACUACUCGUCGGGCCUGGAAGAGGCGUCUUGCAUCCUCAAACUAGAGGAGAUGCCGGUGGCUGGUGCAGUAGCCUUGGAUUGUACGUCUGUUCACCGGGAUAAUUUGUGGGAAGUGGAAUGCUCCUCCAGCAGUGCAGUUUUGCAAUUCCGGUUGCCCUGCUCCUGUGGAAUAAACGGUCAGAACAGGUAUUGGCGAGAAAUAGAAAUGUUCGUCUAG